AUUUACGAAUCAAUCCCUGCCGGUCGCCUGCCCUGCUGCCCAUUAAUAAGCUUUUCCCGCCAGGAUGGCCUCCGGUUCAGGAAGGGCCCGAGGCGGCGGCAUCCGAAUCCAAGAACCGGGUAGUAGGCACCGCGAUGAGUCCAACGCCGGCGCCGCCGCCGCAGCUGCAGAGCCGCCGCCACCCUCUCCGUCCACCGACGGUCUCCAAGAACGGCCCCAUGGGCCAUUGGGAGCCGAGAGCGGGAGCCCCUCUGCGGCCGCCGCCGCACUGAAGGGGAAGGGGGUCUUGGCUCCAUCCCCACUGCCUUCCCCGACCCGCUCCGAGGAAACCAACUCCCUGGUAUCAUCCGACAUCGUCUCCGACGAGGAAGCCGAAGAGUUGAGGUCCGCCAACACGCUCGCGGACGGUGACAGGAGGUUUGGAGUGUCUUGGAAGAGCCCGUUGGUGGAGGCGAUGAUGGAGGUGCCGAAGGUGACGAGGCAUAUCGAUUCGAAGACGGCGUUCGACAACUUGUCGAUGGAGCAGCAAUGGGCCCUGGCGGAGGAGAUAGAAAUGCAACAGCGGCAGCAGGCGCAGCAGAGGAAAUGUCUCUGGAUCACAUUCAAAGGUGGCAUGUCAAACAUGUUUUUGGACUGGAUAGGAAGGCAAAUGCACAACUUCAAUUCAGAUUCUACAGUAAUCAUACCCCAUGUGAAUCACCAGACAAUCCCUAUGACCGGGAUCAUUGAGCAUUACAACCUCAUGGAAACGGAUGCUGGACGAGGAGUAAUAUUUCAUUCAAAUGUACUGAACCUUCGUCGUGCCUAUUCUGAAUUUAGGCCAGUGCAUGGAGAUGGAGACUGUUUCUACAGGAGCUUCAUGUUUUCCUACCUCGAGCAAGUUCUUGAUAGGCAGGAUACACACGAGGAACACCGUCUUCUUGCUGCUGUUGAAGGAGUGGCUAGGCAUCAUGCGCACCUUGAGUGGAACUCCGAAUUUUCCCUGAGACACAAAGCAUUUAAGACGUUGAUAAAGAAAGUAAUGAGAUGGAAAAGACACAACAGAUGGAAGAAUGUACUGACGACCGAUAGCUACAGCAAACAGAAACUUCUCAAGUUCUUCAGCGGUUGUGGCAGGCCAGACAACAUUUUUGCUUUCCUCAGAUUGGUAGCAGCUAUCUGGAUAUAUUCGCACAGUGAAGAGUUUGAACCACUUAUACCCGAGCUCGAUGAAUAUGACACUCUCAGAGAAUGGUGCUCUCAGGAAGUAAUCAGGCAUAAGGUUUUCACAGAUCAUGUCCAGAUGACAGCAUUGGUCACCGCUCUUGGGGUGCCGCUGCGAGUGGAGUACCUCUUACAAGUAGGAGAUGGUCAAGACCUCUACGAUCGUCAGGAGGAUUCGCAAGACUAUACGCCAACAAGUACAUGUUGGUCUAGUCAUCGUCGUCAACUACCCCAUGUUCAUGUAGUCCCCCGUGUGACCGUGCUCUACACAAACGCUCACUAUGACAUCAUCUAUCCCCACCGUCGCGAUGGUCCUCCUGUUCCUUCUAUUGAUGAGAGAUGUUGUCAGCAGACUGCACUGGUACAGCGCCCAACUACUGAGAGUUCAGGUCAACAAAUUGCCCAGAGAGAUAGCUGCAGUGGUACUGGUGAGAGUUCAAGCCAACAUAUUGCUCAGGUGGAGAUCUCCACUGAUGAGAAUUCAGAUCAACAUGCAGAGCUAAAGUUGACUUCUACUGAUGCCCAUGAGUAUGAUGAUCAUUGCUGAGUGAAGCUAUAGGUAGAGAAUUAGGGCAUUAGGCACACACUGAUGACUGAGAUAGCUGAUAUUCUGGACUUUUUGUUACAUUGGUACAAACUGCUGGUGCCAACUGGAGAUCAGUAGCUACUCCUCCCUUAUAUGAAAACUCUGCAAAGGAUGAGAAUCA